GAGAAAAGACUACAUAAAUAAUAUGUACGUACUUCACCGCACUAUCAGUGGUUAAGGUUAUGUACAACAUGGAAUACGCCGUCAUUUUGUUGUGGGGAUUACCGAUAACGGACAUCGGUCACAAAAUUGCAUGUAAUGAAUAGGUACCAGGCAACUUUACCGCAGUCGAACUGAGUGAUAAAUUAUAGUUGCAGCUGAUGUUUAUGUUUUCCUGGAUGUCAACGUGCCUACCAUACUGAAGCCCUAUGGAUUCCCAAGAUCUGCAGGAACACCAAGAUCGGUUCUACAGAACCAUCAUUCAAAGUGGAACGUUCAUGUCCCAGUUGAAAACAUUCAACAUGCAUCUGAGUGACAGCAAGACCAACCAGGAACUGGAAGUCAUUCAGGAGAAUGGAAUGCCUGUUCUGUUUGGCAUGCUCAAGAUUUACUGGGGAACGCAAAAAGUGAUUCGCCUGAAACAGGAAGAGCUGAGCUGGAAACGCCGAAGCACGCGCGUCGUGUUCGAAAAUGGCCUGGACGAGCAUCUCCUUAGCAUCCUGAAGAGUGGUGGCGAGAAUAAAGGCUCCGUCACAAAGCCAUCAGAUCACAAGGAAUCAGAUAGUCGGAGCAGUGAGGAUCAGAAGCCGUCUGGCCAGACGCACACUGACAGGAGCUCGGAGCAGACGGGAGCGGGGGCCGACAACGGAGCAGAUGAGGAGGGCGCUGAGGAAGACAGAGAUACGUUGGGGGAGAAAGUAGUAAUGAGGGCUGGCCAGACGUCCACCGUGCCACGAAGGUGCAACCUGCAGAGGAGGACGAUGUCAUUCAGCGGCCAUCUCUACAACAGUAAGACUGCAGCAUUCAGGCCCAAGUACGGAACCGUGUCCAACGUGAGGGUGUCCAGCAGGCAGACAACAUACGAAGUCAUCGCCUUACUGCUAAAGAAGUUUGCCGUGGAGAACAGACUGGACGAGUUCAACCUGUACUCUGUCUUGCAUAACGGAGAAACGCACGCAUUCCAAAUGAACGACUUUCCACUGCUGAAGAGAGUGCAGCUGGGCCCUAAUGAAAAUGUGGCCAAGAUAUUUAUCAAGGAGAAGAAGUCAGAUGAGAUAUCUCCUGAGGUUGCGGGAUAUGUGAAUCUGCGCAUCCCUGAGUUGAAAGCCAUCUUGAGAAAGUUCCAAGAAGAGGAAGAGAAAGAAGUCAUGAAGAUUCGGCAGAGAUAUGUCCAAUACAGAGCCACCCUAAAUAAGAAAUUGGCUUUACUUAAAGCAGAGAUAGAAAAGGAGGCAAAGUUCAAUGCGAAGCACAAAAACAAAGAGAAGAAGAAAAGCAAGAAGAGCAAGGGUAAGAAAUAAAAAAAAAAUUAUCGUCAGCAACCCCUCGCCGGUUAGAACAACUUCAGGUCUCCAGUCACAAAACUCCAGCAUUUGUAACCUCAGCAGUAUCAUUGAGACCUUUCACUAGACCAGACGCAAGUAAUAGGGAGAACAAAAAAUGAAAGACCGCUUUUGUUGCAUGGUCUUAAGAGGUCUCAACUUCUACGUUGAAUCUGAGACAAUCAUGAACCUUCUUAAUUCAGUUGAAUAUCUGUGACUUUAAAUGUUCUGCAUGCUUAGGGAUGUACUCAAGCAUGCAAGAGAGGUGAGCGAAAUGCCCGGUUUUAAGCUGUGUUGUCGUUGAAUCCAUCACAAGUUCUUUCACAAGACCAGUUACAGUUAACGGCAUGAAUAACAAAGCAGCACUUCUGUAGGAAUUCAGUUGAGUAGCUUGUAACUUGUCUCAAGACUGGAUGACCUGUGAUGGGCUUGCAUAUAUACAUGUAUGUGAUGGAUUCAAGUACAACACUGUUUACACGUUCAUCUGCCACAUAAAUCUAAAGUAUUGUUGAUAAAUUUGACAUCUUUGUAAAAUUUUGCAUAAGUGGAGAGAGAAUUAACUGUAACUUCCAAAAAUGCAUUCAAAAUUAUAUGCAAAUUGGAGGAUUCGGGACUGUUUGGGUAAAAAAAGGGUUCUAUUAACUCCAUUCAAACAACUCGAAAAAUAUAUUUUCUCAUGUGGUACCCACUUCCACCAAGCCAGAACACAUCAGCCACAGUGUGUCUAAUUAUAAUAACCAACGGUUUUUAAAAUAUGCAAAUGAUCCAUAACCAGGGCAAGACAGCGGCUAGUGGUUAGCAUAGUGAGCGAAAGCCAUGCAUGGGAGCGAGGUUGAUGCAGAGUUCCUUGAGAGCUUGUGCAUGUCCUGACUAUGGUAGGAUGUUGCUGGAGUGGUAAGGUGCACGUUAUCUCUUCAGCAUACCAGCGUUUGCUGUGUUUUCACAGAAAGGCAUAGUCUGGUUCCCUGUCAGCAUGCUUCCUCUAAAACAAAAGUCAGGUAGCUGAAAGUAUCAUUACUAGACCAAACUUGGAGGAAUUCCUCCCGGUUCUGAAAAAAAAUAUUGCCAAUGAAAUUAAAUCAUAAAUGCUCAGGUACCUCUGAGUGUAAAAUUUGUGUAUUUAUGAGCCAAUGCCAAGUCAGAAAAACAGUUUCAGGUGUAAGGUUGAAGAACUGUGAUUUAAGUAUGCCUUUAUAGCCUAUUGUCAGGUCAGGGAAUCAGACUAAGAAUUACAUCUCAUGCAUUAUUGUGUGACCCAUGAUCAAACUCACCACCCAGUGUCACACAUGGCAUCACCCACCCUUCAUUUAACAUGUUUUUAUAUUUCAUAUGCCACCUAAAUGAGGUUCAUCAGCAUUACAUACGUGUAUCUCCAAUUAUGAUGUACUUGAUAAUCUGUCCAGUGACCUAUGUAGCAUCAUUUCAUACAUGUAUCUCCAGUGUGAUAUAUAUUUGCUACCAUGUGUGAAACUUAAAGAUACGUGAAAAAUGAAAGAUUUUUGAUAUUUACAAAUAUUUUUUUCAGUAAAAUAAACACAUCUAUACGGACACAUUCGUCUAAUUCACAACUUCACUGUCAUUUGUUUCACAAUCCACUUCGGCCCUUGUGAUCUUCAUUUUUGAUUAAAAUACCUUCAUUGCUUUUUUGUACAUGUCUGAUACCGUUCUGCCAAUAAACUUGACAUACAAGAGCGCAUGAGAAAUGCACAUAGAAGAGUUUUGCACAUUGUUGGAUAACUUGACAUUUCACAAGUCCACCUGUGCAUGACGUUUCCCUGUACAUAUAAUAUGUGCCGUUGACAUGUAUUAUUAAAUAGCCUAGCUGUACCUUCCUCCCCCCGGUGUCACAGUCGUAGCCUUUGCCAACCCGUGGUUGGUAAGCCGUGCUUGCCGUCAAUACAAAAAACAAAUCACUUCCACUAGUAUCAGAAACUCCUGCAAAGCAUUCUAAAUAAGGUCACUCAGUUCUACUUAAAAUGCCCCCCUUUUGAAAUAGUGAAUGGUCUAAAUCUGCCUCUCGAGGCAUCAGCCGGUGUCCUCUCUGUGACCGAAGCUUCUGCAGACCAAGGCUUUAAUGUGUCACCUACAAGUGACCUGAAUUUACAGCUCUCUGGACUGCCAGGCUUCCCAACACGACCCCUGUCUCUCUCUAGAUCCAAAGGAAGCUCCUUUCAAUAAACUGUGGGUGAAAGUUGUUCAAAAAUUCUACCAAUUUUUGUCAACCCUCACCAACUGUGAUUCUAAUUUCUACAUGUACAUGUAUUUCCCCAGAAAAAUUUGUUUGACUCGGUCUGUGUGAAAAUAUAUUUUGAAAGUAUAUUUUGGUUAAUAUCCGAAGUUUUUGUAAUAUGUGUACAUACAGAAAAAAUGUCAAAUGCCAAGUUAUAUGGUAUUAUUAUAUGGUAUUGAUGAUUUGUAAACAGUGAAAUUUUAAAGUUUAAAUCAUUGUAUAUGUACAAAGUAAUGUAUGGAUCAAUAUCAAGAUUUGAUUUAGAUUGAUGAAAGGAUAUUAUAUAUUUAUGAAUAUUUGGAAGUGCCUGACGAUCUAGGCAAUAAUACUGAGAUGCUCCAUACUGCAAUGUGUGUGCAGUUGUUAGCGGUAGAGUGGUAGAAAGAGGUAAAGAUUCCCAUGUACAAGAAAACAUUCCCACCUAACUCGAAGCUACAUGACAUCUUGAAUAUUAAUCAAACGAUGUUGGGUAUCAAUUCCUGGGUUUGAUUUGUGUGUACAGACUGUGCCUUAAGGAGUGUUAAAUGGCACUGGAGAAAUAUGGUUAAUCAAGAGUUUAUCAAUGUUUGUCACUGAUUAUAUGUGUGUAUUGUUCAACGAUUAAAGUCUACAAAAAAUAAUAAAAUCGUACCAUAAUUCAGUGAUUAAAGUCUACAAAAGGUGAUAAAAUUGGGCUAUGUUGACAUAACCAGUGGAGUUCCUGGUCCACCCUACUGUACGUUUAUGUUAAUGUGGCUGAUGUAUCGCAUUACAUGUAGUUCAUGUCUCUUGUACACUCCAUUCAUUGUCCAUUCGUCAUUUUAACAACACACAUCUUCAGCAAGUUUUACCCAAUCGAGGGAAGACUUUUUUUCCUGCUUUCAUAUUUCAUAUGCAAGGCUGAAUAUCGUCAACGCGAGAUGAUGGUGAUGACUUUUUGAAAAGUAUUUACACUUGUAUGCCCACCAUCGUCUCUAAUGAGAUGUAGAUUUUGAAGAAUAUCGUGGAUUUUAUCCAGCUGGGAGCAUAGUAACUCACUGUUGGUGUGUUUCUUAUUUGGUGUAGUAAAUGGAAAUUAUGAUACUUCUCAAAAAAAUAUCCACUUUUUGUUGAUAUGUUCAGAAUCCGAGUGUCUCGUGUGGAGAAUGCAAGCAGGUGAAUUAAUCUUGAAAUUGCCGGGUGUUGAACCCAUGUCUGUAUGGUGUGCAAAGGCGACAUAUUUCUACAAGAAACUGCACACAGCUGCUUGUUUUCCAACGAAUGAUUGAUUGCACUGAUUUAACUAAUUGCACUGAUUUCAUAUGUCGAGUAUUGUUCUAGACUUUUUUCGUUUACAGAAGAUAAAGCAACAUAGACGUUGCAGACAUUUCUCAUUUGGGUUAUAAGUCCAUAAAUGCCAGGUGCUCCAAUUUGGUCAAUAAAAAUUUUAACUGAAAAAUACGUCUACUAAUUUUGUAUUCAUCACACGCAUUCAGUUGAGUAAAGUUUAUGCACCUAUGCCCUGCUGAAAAAAUCCCAUCAAAUGGGUGCCACUGCCAGCGAAUCGCAUUGAAAAACUAACAAAUCAAGAAUUUCACUUUACUCCGUUCAUCCGCAAUGAUCGUGUUACUCAACAUACACAGCGCCCUCAACAUGCUUGCAAAGCAUGGGCAAAGUACCCGUUAAAAAAGGAUCGUUUGGAGCCAUCAAAUACACGGCCACUGACUCUAUCUCAUUGGUCGUGGCCCGAGAUUCGCAAGUCAAAAAUUGUUUGUUGUUUACAUCGGGCAAUUAAUAUCGGUGACGAUGUAUCACUCACGAAACGGUGGUGUGGCGAGACAGCAUUUCUAGCAGCCAUGCAUUUUUUGGUUGAAUUCAAGCGACAGACCAGAAUGACACAGGUGAACGGCCUGUGAUAAUCUUGCGGACACACUGUCCAGUCGGAUGAGUAGCAAGCUGCCAAGUGCAACUUCCCAACAACCGCUAGCUGUAACCACCACUAUAUUUUUAAAGCAUAUUGGCGCCCUCGUGGCGAGCAGAAACCCACCACUUGACUGAUAGAAGUCUUUCAUUUGGUAUCCAUGGCAAAACCCAAAACUAUUUUGGACUGAGGGAAAUUCUAAAACCGCCUACAUGUAUCAUGCUGGACAUGCUAUAUGGAAACCCACAACUAAAAGACUGGCCAGGUACCCCCAUUUAAGUUUCUAUUUUUGAAGUUCUAUGCCUAUAAACAUUUCGGCACUCCACAAAAAUUAAAGGACAU